GUCCUCCCUCCUUUCCAGGAUGUGGCCACAAUGCAGUUCUGUGCCAACAAGCUGGACAAGAAAGAUUUCUUCGGGAAAUCCGACCCCUUCCUGGUGUUCUACAGGAGCAAUGAGGACGGAACGUUCACCAUCUGUCACAAGACCGAGGUCAUGAAGAACACCCUCAACCCAGUGUGGCAAACCUUCUCCAUCCCCGUGAGGGCUCUGUGCAACGGGGAUUAUGACAGGACCAUCAAGGUGGAGGUGUACGACUGGGAUCGUGAUGGCAGCCACGACUUCAUUGGAGAGUUCACUACCAGCUACCGGGAGCUGGCCCGGGGCCAGAGUCAGUUCAACAUCUACGAGGUGAUAAACCCCAAAAAGAAAAUGAAGAAAAAGAAAUACGUCAAUUCUGGCACAGUCACCCUGCUUUCCUUUGCAGUGGAGUCUGAGAGCACUUUCCUGGACUACAUCAAAGGAGGGACGCAGAUCAAUUUCACUGUGGCCAUUGACUUCACUGCCUCCAAUGGGAACCCCUCACAGUCCACGUCCCUGCACUACAUGAGUCCCUACCAACUGAACGCCUACGCCCUGGCGCUGACCGCUGUCGGAGAGAUCAUCCAGCAUUACGACAGUGACAAGAUGUUCCCCGCCCUGGGCUUCGGGGCCAAGCUGCCCCCCGACGGCAGGGUGUCACAUGAGUUCCCACUGAACGGCAACCAGGAGAACCCCUCGUGCUGCGGCAUCGACGGCAUCCUGGAGGCCUACCACAGCAGCCUGCGCACCGUGCAGCUCUACGGCCCCACUAACUUCGCCCCCGUGGUCACCCACGUAGCCAGGAAUGCCGCAACUGUGCAGGAUGGCUCCCAGUAUUCUGUUCUGCUCAUCAUCACCGAUGGCGUCAUCUCCGACAUGGCGCAGACCAAGGAGGCCAUCGUCAAUGCUGCCAAACUCCCCAUGUCCAUCAUCAUUGUUGGCGUGGGCCAGGCCGAGUUCGAUGCCAUGGUGGAGCUGGACGGUGAUGACGUGCGGAUCUCCUCCCGGGGGAAGCUGGCUGAACGGGACAUUGUGCAGUUUGUGCCCUUCCGGGACUACGUGGAUCGCACCGGCAACCACGUGUUGAGCAUGGCCCGCCUGGCCCGGGAUGUGCUGGCCGAGAUCCCCGACCAGCUGGUGUCCUACAUGAAGGCGCAGGGCAUCCGCCCACGCCCGCCACCCGCCGCCCCUGCUCAGUCGCCCCCACAGUCCCCAGCCCACUCACCUCCUGGGUCCCCUCUGCACACGAAUAUCUGAAAGCUUGCGGGACCAGGGGCCUGGAGGGCUGAGGCCCCUCUCUCCUUGCGGCCGCCUUCCCAGACUCUUCUUGGAGGGCUGGCAGGAGAUGGGGUGUCCAUGGCCUCACCUCACCUCCUGGCCUCAACUCCCCCCCCCCGCCCAAAUCCAGGGAGCUGGGGGUGGUGUAGAAGACAAGGGGUACACAAGAUUCUGGGGUUGAGUAGAUUCCCCUAGCCUAGGUUGGAUAACCCCAAGACUCCCCUAUUCUUGCAGUCCCGCUGGCCUCUUCCAGCUCCUCUCCCCUCCUGCCCUAGUGGCUAGUGUUCCAGUCCCAUGAGACCCCCUGUCCUGUUUCCAGGGAACCCCAGGCUGGUGGGCUUACCAAGGAUGGGUGUGACCGACCCUCUUAGGGACACCCUAUAUAAACAGAGCCUGUGGACUAUCGCAGACUGUGAUGGGGGCCCUGUGAGCAUAGAGUCCCCUCACAAUCUUCAAAGGCUCGGUGGUAUGCUAGAAUGUUCUAGAUGCAGAGUCGCAGCCUCCUUAGCGCUGUCACAGGUAGCUUGUGGCAUCAAGAUGUCUCUUGCUCGCCUCGGAGGCUACUCACCUGCCGGGCACAGGGCCAGCCCCUGCACUUCCACUUGCCUCCUCUGCCCUUCAGUGGCUCUAGGACCAGAGACAGGAGCCCUGGGCACCAGCCUGUCCCGACCCACAUCCAGCAGGAACCCACCCAGCACAGCCUCUGCUCUCUGGGCCUCAGUGCCCACACCUCUGUGACGACAGGAUUGGUCAGGUGGUCCAGCGUUUCCUGAGCCAUCCUGAGGGUCCAAUUCCAUGCCACACCCAGCCUCCCCAUCCCCUCCUCAUGACCGCCGUCCACACCCAGGCCGUCUCGACUCUGGGGUUACCCCAUUGCAUCCCGUCACCCCCCCCCACUCCACCCCCAGCCCUUCAGUCGUCAAGAGCCCCUGCCCCUGCCAUGGGAGGGUGGCAAGGAGCUUUCCACCUGAAGUCACCCCACUGGCCGACAUCUUUUGUCCACUGGGGCAGGUCUUGCAUGUGUCCCUUAUACCGCAUGGGGUCCCCGCCUGCCAUCUUCCAUCCCAUCCGCCUCUGUCAUGCAUGGUGAUGGUGGUGUUUCUGUCUGGUCCUGUGCCUGUCUGAGACCGUCUCUGUGGAACUUGCCUUAAACGGAAGUAAACCGGUUCUUUUAGUAGA